UAGACGCAGCAUUAUGUUAUGAAAACCAGAUGAUAACAAGGACCAACUUAGCAUAGUAUUGACCUGUCUUUACGAAAGUAGACUACACCCAUUCAGUUUAUGAUAGGCUUACUUCUUGAGAACGGUUCCUAUGUGAAGGACGAAGUAGGAGCCAAAUGAAUCCAUCCAGUGGAAUUAGCCUACUGCAGUUUUGAAUUCCGCUGGUCGUUAAAACGGCACCAUUUAACGUUCCUCCCAACUGGACUGUCCCUUUCCUUUUAAGCAAACUGGAUUCAAACAAAAAUGUCUGUCCUCUUCUAAGCGACCUUCAGCACUUGGACGUCUGUUUCUCACUCUUCUGAUGCAUCUGUGAAACUGCAGGCUAUGAGUAUGUUGCUCAGCUGUGUAAACACCAUGUUUAAGUCAUUGCAUCCCAACCAGACGAGAUCUUGAUGAAGCUGGUGAUUAUUGCUGUGAUCCUCCUCAUGACUGUGUCUGGGGUCUCUGCUGCCUGUGGAAGAGCUGAGUACCUUAUAGGACACGAGUGCUGCCCCAUGUGUAGCCCUGGUUAUUAUGUGCGGAGACACUGCACAGAGUUCUUCAGCACAAGAUGUCUUCCAUGUCGUCCAUCGUUCUACACUGACACACUCAAUAGUUUGGAGUAUUGCAGACGCUGUACAUUAAUGUUGGGUCUUUGGAUUGUUCAUCACAAAUGGAAUGUUUAUAACUCUAUAAUGAUUGUAUUAUGUUCUAAUAUAGGUGGAGGUUUAAGAGUGAAGAGGGCGUGCAGCUCCACCUCAGACACACUGUGUGAGCCUCUGGAAGGUCACUACUGCACUGACCCAAUCCAAGAUGGCUGCAGAGGAGCUGUGGAACACACAAAGUGCUCACCAGGACAAUACAUCAAUCAAACAGGCACGUCGUCUUCAGAUACUGUGUGUGGUGAGUGUGUAGGUGACACAUACUCAAACGGAUCAUUCACAUCCUGCAGACCACACACACAGUGUGAGUUGAUGAGACUUGUUGUCAUAAGAAAAGGAUCCACAUCAUAUGACACUGCAUGUGCUGAAAGAAAAGACACUGCUGCCAUCGUGGUUGGUGUAGUUGCUGUAGUCCUCGUAUGUGGGGUUCUGGCAGGCCUCUUUAUAUUACGAAGGAAGAGGAGGAAACAGCAAGUGACAACCCAGCCAGAGCUAGGUUGGGAGAAAGACCUUCUUGAGCAAAAGUUAGAUCCCGCUGUAACAACAGAGGUAAUUAUUCAUAAAUGCUUAUUUAUAUCCACCUUUUUUUUAUUAUUAUUAUUGCCUGUCUGAUCAUAAUGUUUUUCUCUGACUA